GGUUGCUCCAAAACACGCCGACAGCUGCGUUGUCCGUUAAAGUACAAUCAUAAGUGUUUACUAUGGCUACUGGAAAGGAGUUGAUAGAUGCUGUGAGAAAUUCAUUGGAAGCUGAUGGGGAACUCAGUAGGAUGAAGGCUGAGAUGAGAACAAAGGUGAUGAAACUACUUGAGGGCUCACACAAGUCCAGUAGAUCGAGUCAGCCAAAAUCACCGCACGAAGUCUUGAUCCUCAAUGAACUCAUCAGGGAGUAUCUAGAUUGGAUGGGAUACAAGUACACGUCGAGCAUACUUGUUUCAGAGAGUGACCUGUCCAAGCAGCCCCUGGAUCGUACUUUCAUCACUAAAGAAUUGGGAGCUGUGGAGACUGAAAAGACAAAAGAGUUGCCGUUGUUAUUUUGUUUGGUUGAAACUAUUAAAGAAAUCCAGAAUGCGUGAAAGGCACGGAAUUUCCCGAAAAUUGAUAGUUAAUCGUUGUAAAAUUUUAAUGUACAAAUAUUGAAACGAUACGUAUGAAAGAUGUUUUUAAGAUUAUAUUAG